CCUACUCUGCUACUUUGUGCUGUUGUUGCUACCUGUGGAGGUUCUCCCGGUUCUCUGGUUCUUCUUCUGCCAGCCGACGCACAGAGUGCAGCCCCGCAGAGAGGCACCAUGCUGGGAUUGGACGUGUGUGAGUUCGGGGGUCAGGUGCUGGAGCUGCUGUGGCUAACUAUGUGCUACAGAGGUCUAAUGGCUGACAAGAAAAAUUUGCCUAUUGAGGAGGAAGAGGAUGAGAGAAACCUAAACUACAAUCCUCCGGCCCAGAAGUCUUUGCAGGAGAUUCAGGAACUGGAUAAAGAUGAUGAGAGUCUGGUCAAGUACAAGCAGACCCUGCUAGGGCCGGGACCAGUGACAGCAGGCAUCUCUGGGCCUAAUGUCCAGGUGACCAGGCUGACCCUGCUGUGUGAUGAGGCUCCUGGACCAAUCACCAUGGACUUGACAGGAGAUCUGUCCGCUCUGAGGGAGAAGACCUUCUCCUUAAAGGAAGGAGCGACAUACAGACUAAAGAUAGACUUCAAGGUGAACAGAGAAAUUGUUGCUGGCUUGAGGUACCAUCAUGUGACCCACAGAAAAGGAAUAAGAGUGGACAAGGUGUCGUACAUGGUGGGAAGUUACGGCCCAAAGGCAGAGGAGCAUGACUUUCUAUGCCCGGUUGAUGAGGCACCCAAAGGCAUGAUGUCCCGCGGCCACUAUCAGGUCAAGUCCCAAUUCACUGAUGAUGACAAGAACGUCUACUUGGACUGGGAGUGGAACUUCGACAUCAAGAAGGACUGGAAUGAAUAAAGAGAGAGAGAGAGUGAAAGAGAUGAUGCUACUCUUCCUUUCUUUAACUCCUAUUCUUCAUCUCCCUCGUUUCCUUCCCCUCUUUCACCCUCCACCACAUCAACCUGUGAGAGCAGCCUUGCAAUGGCGUGAGACAGGAGGCUCUCUUUCUCCCCCUCUUACUCCUUAUUCUCCUCUUCUACCUUUUCUUUCUUGUCUGUUUAAUGUCAGGUGUGCUGAGAGGGACCUUCAGAGAAGAGAAUCCGCCCUCUCUCUGCCUUCUGUCCCUGCAUUUACAUUCAUCUUCCAGAUUCUUCUUCAUCUAUAUCUCAUCCAUCCGGAGUUGUAAACAUGAUGAAGCUUUUGGGAUGACAAGUCUCCCUUUCCUUUUUUUCAGUUCCAUUUCUCCCACCCUUCCUUCUCAUCCUGUCAUGUAUCCCUGUCUUCAUAAAGCAGCAGUGGAGGGUCUGUAAAGCAGGUCAUUAAAAGAAGUCCAUUUGAGGCGAAAAGGGAAAUAAAAUAUAUACAGUGCAUAAUUACAUUCAAUAUCUGUCAAACAGAUUCCCCCAAAGAGAAGAGAUGAAAUAUGUAAAUACUGGGUGCAUUUGGAUGCUCAGUAGGAAUUCUGGAUUCACACAACAGAACAUCUAAAAAAGAGUUGGGGGGCAGAGGGAGUGACACGAGGCUGUGUGAGAGUCUGAUUGCCAAAUUCUGUGCUAAAAUUCAUACUCCUUCUCUUAGUCUAUAAUGCAGUCAAACACACAGACAUGAUACACAUAUCGUCCAUCAGAAUAAACAUCCAUAAAUCCUCUUAGAAAUCAGCAAAAGAAGACGCUCCUUAUAACUUCAGAACUUACCAGAGAAUCAUCAUGUUUUUAUGGUUUCUUUAGUAUCAAAGUAAUCCAGUGAUAGUUAUCUGUAUAUCCAUGUGCACACUGCAAACAGGAACUGUAUCAUAACUAAUUUGGCAUAUGUUUACACUGCAGUUCCACAACGUGUUGCGCGAUUAUCAUAAUAGAAGAAAGACAAAGAAUAACAACAAGUGACAAAAAUCCAGUUGUGUCUGAUUGACAAAUAAGAAGAUGCAACUGGAUACAUUGAUAUUUUAUUUGCUUCAUGUCUUUCUUCACAGUUUGUCAGGAGUCAGAAAUGUAACUGUCAGGUAGCUCUCAUAUUUUUCUCAUAGUAUUUCUUUUUAUCCUAUGUAAUAGGGUAGGCAUAUUGAUUGGUUGAUUAAUAAAUAAGGGAAGAGGUUCAACAAUGUUAUUAGAAGGAAUUAUGUUAGACAUGGUGUAUUUUAGUUUUCUCAAGUCUUUGUGGAGCUUUUUGAAAGUCCAAAACCAAUAAGAGACUGUAACUGAGCUGUGUAUAUUGUAGAAAGAGAUGCAUGCAUGUCCUUUAGGAUUUGAUACUAUUCACUCAGUAAAAAUGAACAAAAUUAGCCCUUUCUAAACCUCUCUCGUAGACCAAGGACACAAGAUGUGAAUAAAAUUCUUCCUUAAGGAAACAUUUUAAGAUGGUAGCUGAAAGAUGGAGUACUGUCUCGGAGGUAUAUCAAGGGAUAGAUUAAUUCCCCUUAAAAAAUAAGAACUAUCAUUAUUGUGUUAAGUCUUUGGAUAUGAUAUUGUCAUUGUUGCUGAGCAUAUUGAACAUUGAAAUACCAUUUGAAAUCUUUGUGAUUUAAGACUAACUGUAAAUGUUGGCUUGUUGGGUGUUGCAUGGUUUAGCAAGAUUCUCUCUCUUCCUUUUUUUACGACUUUAUUGUAAAAUUUAAUGUGAUUUAAAAAAAGAUAGUGACGCAAUACCCAGAUGUCAAUGGUUGCCACAUACUGCAGUGCAAAACAGUAUUUACAGGGAUAUUUUUAAAGGCACAGAUAGCUGGAAACAUUUGUCUGUCUCUAAAGCCCCCAGCCUGUAACGAUCAAGUGCUGCAUCCUGAAAUAUUGGUGUCAAAUCUAGUAUCCUGUAUCUUUUAAUAAAGGCA